AUAUCAUCAUAGAGUAAUAUAUAUACAGCGCUACAUUCACAAAUCACAACCUCCACCUCAUAAAGGUCGCGCCGAAAAUAGUGUCUCCGCUUUAAAUCUAGGGUUUCCUCCAUUCUCUUCCUAUUAGAGUUGCGUCUCAAUCACUCUCUCUUCUUCUUUUUCUUCAUUAUUGGUUACUUUCUUCUUCUUCUUCUUCUUCUUCUGGCUUAAAAUAUCUAGGGUUUUCAGAUUUGAUUUCGAAUUAAUCAAAUAGAUUAGUUCUACAUUACUCUUAGAUUUCAGAUUUUCACGGAUCGAUUGUAAAUCUGGUUGUUCGAUUUAAUAUAUGGAGCGGUCGAGGAAAUCGAACAAGGUUUCGUGGGCUCCUGGAGUUGAGCUUUGUCAGAUAAAGCUCUUUUCAUCUGAGGAUUGUCCUGCAAAAGUUGGCCUGAAAUAUCAAGAUCAUCUUCAAGCAAAGACAUCAUGGAUGUUGCAUUCUAAUGCUGUUGAAUCUAAUGAUUUGCCACCUGGGUUUGAAGGCUGUCCUGAAAGUAAUUUGAAGAAAGAACUUCUUCACAUCCCUCAGAUUAAAUGGAAAUGCCCUUCCAAGUUUGUUAUGAGUUGUAACUGGCAAGUUGUGGCUGGUGAAGAAAGCACAGAGGUGGAGGCUGAAAAGUUAAGGGAGAUGAGAGUGCUUGAAGCAGUUUAUCCAAGACCUUCGGCCACUCCUCCUAGUCCCUCAGUUUCUUCGAACAUAGAAAAUGAACAUUAUGAUGAUAGCCUCACUCCUCUAGUCCCCAUCACCCCUAUUGAAGAAGAGUCCCCUUCUGAUUUGACAGUACCCAUGAAUAACCCUGUUUGCUCACAGCCCAUGGCAUUGCCCCAAAAUCUAUCGGCAUCUGGAAGUAUAAACACUCCAAAAUCUUCUUCUCUAGAUGCUUCUUCCACCGAAAAACCUGGACUUGAAAUCUUACCUAGUGUAGGUGCAGACAUGAUUGCCACAAUCAUGAAAAGCAACCAGCAGGGAAGCUUGAUUGAUACAGACUUGCUCAUUAAAAUCCUUAGCGACCCAAAAAUGAUCCAGAAAUUGAUUAAUGAUCCUCAGCCGCCAGUAAUUCCAGUAAGUGCACUCGGAAAUAUAGUUAGUGCAACUUCUAAUACAGUAAUUGCACCUGUCAAUAUAGUAAGUGCACCCACCACCGACACAGGAACUCCACCAAUGUCUGUGCCAAAGCCCUCGACUCCAUUGUUUCACAUGUCAUCAGUCUCAAAACCUGAAAUACAAAGGCCUUGUAUCCCCAAUGGAAUGAAGCAAGUCACUUCAUCAGUUCCCCUGUCCUGCUCUGAACCCAACCUAGGCUUAUCGACCACCCCGGCAAAUGGAAAACUUUAUGCUGUAACAAAUCAGGUGCGGCCCACUUUAAAUGCAUUAUCUACCAAACCAAUUACCACUUCAAUAUCUACUACUUUCAUGGUGAAGGAAGCUCAACCUGUUAAGGAUGCCAACUACUAUAAGAACCUCAUUAGGCAACAUGGGGGAGAAAAGCAAACUCAGGAACCUAUUCAUGCUCAAAAUGGUCAUAAUCACUUCCAAGACUUGAAACUGGUACAAAAUAUUAAACUUGGAGAAUUGAAAGCCAAGAAUCAAAAACCUUGUGUGUAUUUUAAUACCCAAAAAGGAUGUCGAAAUGGUAAUAAAUGUCCUUACAAGCAUGAUAUGUGGCGCUCUGGUGGCAUUCUAGAUGCCCAGAGUACAAAGAGAAUGAGACUUAGUGGGGAAAUCACUGGGAGGAUAUAACCCAGGUUCUUCUACCAACUGCUGAGACGGUUUUUCACUGGUGUUUUGGGCCUGUAAAUACAAUUUCCUUAGAACAGAUUAUGAGGACAGAGAGGGCUAUUUGAUGGUUUCACGUAUAACUUAAGGGAAGCAACCGAUAUUUGAUUUUGAAAGAUUUUAUUUUAUUUUUUUAAUUGGAUAGAAUUUUGAAAAAUUUAAUGAAUCUCUUUUGCAAGUUUUAA